AUGGAGGGUAUAAUGAAGAAAAAAAUCAACGAUUUGGGUAUAACAAACGAGCUUGAGGAUAUUAAAAUCACCGAAGAUACUGUCCACAUUUUAAAGGACAUCUACGACUAUGUCAUUCAGUCUGACACUGAAGCAUCAGUGUUCCGAUUUUUUUUGCUGAACAACACUUUCAACAAAGCAUUUAUUCCUCUUCUCAAGACGUUGACAUCCAAAUCACUGAUUAAUACAUCUAAAGAAUCAGUGAAAUUGAUUCUUAAAAUGAUGCUCAGGUAUUUGGAGGCGUGUGGGGUUCUUACUGCGUCCUCACAAACGAUAUAUUCCUCUGGAAAGCCCAUCCUUAACUAUGACCUCUUUCCGCUCUUCUCAAUCAUUUUAUCAUCUGAGAUCGGGAAAGUCGGAACGGAAAAUCCAACUCGAAAUUCAGAGCUUUCUCUUCAGAUCUGCGAAUUAAUCAUCACCAAAACAACCCCGAAAAUUGCUGAUGUGUUGAUUCCGUCCAACAUUUUUGAGAUUUGCGGGAUUGUAUUUGGCGGAAUGGAAAAUCUGAGUGAAAAUUUGGUGACAUCAGCAAUUUCCCUUGUCAUCUCUUCGUGUUACCUUUGUUUUGAUUCAUUUGAGACGUUCCAGAUGCAAUCUCGCACGGAAGAAAAAGCUUCGAAACUUCAAAAUCUUCUCGCAGCCGAAACGAAAAGAGAGAAGAUGAGAGAUUCUCGUCGUUCAAAGCGUUCCGUCGUGUUCUCAGUUGGUGGAACGGGGACGAACAAAGUGCCCAAUGUUUCCGUUUCUGUCUUUCGGCUCAGUAUUGGGGAGAAAGUGUACUUUGCAAAGACUCUUCGCCCGGGGCGGUGUGACGGGUGUGACAAAGUAGCUGAAGUGAUCUCUAAAAUCGUAACUUCAAACUAUCAGACGCUAGUGACGUACAUCAAACGCACCACCGACACCGAGAUGCGUCAGAAGUGUUUUGUGGUAGUUGGACUUCUGUUAAAAGCAGUAGACUUUGAUUUUUCGGAGAUCGUUGCUGUUGACUUCUUGAUGAAUUUAAUUGACACCGGACUGUUUUGGUACACGAAGACGGAGAAGAAGAUUGUCGAUUACUUAACGACGCGGAUAGUUGUGUGGACUAUCAAUCAGGUAUUAGACAAGAUAGGGAAGAUAGAGGAGACGUCCGCCUUACAACUUGAGACGUCGUCGAUUGAUCCGAAUGAGUUUUUUGAAGACUUCAUUAAAUGCGGGCUGCUCGACUUUUACGUGAAAAUUGUCCAAAAUUUUAUUCCCGACCGCAUGCCGAAUGACUUGCUAUUACAAGUGCUCAUUGGGAUGUACAAGUGUGGAGUUCUGUGUGAGAAGAUGAAAUUGAUGAACGAGAAUGGGCAACGGGUGUAUGACGAAUUUCUGAAGACGUUUUGUACGGAAAGGAGUUGUACAGUAGUGAUCUAUAUCGUUGGAUGUCUUUACGUUGACAAAUUUGGGGAGGGGAGUGCGGUGAAGACGGUGCUAGACAUUCUCACGAGAAUGGAAGGAGAGAGUGCGGCCGGAUUUCUCUAUCGUGUGCCGUUGCUCUUAGAACUUGUCAAAAUCGUGAGAGAGAAGAACGUGAUGGAUCAAAAUGAACAUGCGCAAGCGUUCUAUAUGUUUAGUGAGAGGAUGAUUAAGAAGUUCAAUGACGACAUUGUGAUCGACAAAACACUGCUGAUCAAUUCCAUCUUCCCGUCGUACAGAGAUUUGAUGAAUGUCGCACAUCUCCCACGACCAAAACGAACGAGAAAAGGGAAGACGGAAGAUGAACCGAGUCAAAAAGUGUCUGAAGAAUAUAAUGAAAGUACACAGAGAGAAGGAGAGAUUCAAACUGAUAUGGAGAAUAUCGUGAAAACAAAGGGGGAAGAGAAAGUGACGAAAAAGAAAAGAAAAUUGGUUGAAAUAGUCGAGGAAGAGCCGGAGAAUUUGGAGGACAUUUUUAACGACGAUUUUGAUUUGGAUGUCCCGACGUUUCAACGUGAAGAGAAAGAACAUCGGAAAGAAGAAGAAGACAAAGAAGGUGAAGACAACGAAUUUGUUGAGAAAAGACCAGUGGAGUGA